GGCAACCCUCUAGGUCGCAGUGUAAUGACGACGAUGGCUCCAUAGAAAUACGUUGCAAAAUCAAUCUAACAAUCAAUAACGUAGAUGAAAUUCAUCUAAACGGGCUAUACUGAAGAUUAAACGGUAAUUGAACUUCAGGAGGAUUCGUUUUUCUACUGUAGAGGGCUAGUCUGCUGUUGAUAGAGCGAGUCUGCAGCUUGUUCUUGUACAUGUUCUGCAUAGCCGUAGCAUUGAGUUUUGCGACAAAAACAGAAAGAUGGACCUAAUUGGAAAACCAAGAAGCAAAUCCGUCGUGUGGAUGUACUUUGGCUUCAGAGCAGACGAAAAUGGGUUUCCCCUCAGAUCAGACGAAGUCAUUUGUCGUUUAUGUCGCAAGAUUGUGCUUGCAAAAGGAGGGAAUACAACUAACCUGAGAAGUCAUCUGAAACGGCGCCAUCGUGCAGAAGUAGCUAAUACACCGUUCUCUGCCUCGCUGGGAAUUGGACCGGAAACUCAAGGUCUUGAACAAAGCCACGAGGAGCUGAUCCAUGAGCUUCAGUCUUUAAGUGCCCAAGCUGAUACAAACCAGAACUAUGUGCCAGAUGCUGUGCUUCCUCCUGGAGAUCCCUGGAUCCAUGGUGGACCAUCCCGAGCUGCAUUAUCCCUGCCCUCCUGCCUGUGCCUCUCAGAAUACUCAAGAGCACACCUGUCCAGUCCCUCAUCUGAGAGCUACACCAGAGACAUGAAGGUGUAUGCCAGGUGUCAACUGCAACUCGGAACAAUGUUUGGACCCUACAUGGGUGAACUAAGCAAAGGACAUCUUCCAGACAAUCUCACAUAUGCAUGGGCUAUCAGGGAUGAAACGUCUUUCAUAUUUGUUGAUGGCUCAGACCCAAACAAAUCCAACUGGAUGAGGUUUGUGACAUUCACCAGCUGUGAGGAUGAACAAAAUCUGACAGUCUUCCAGUUUUUCCGUAAAAUCUAUUAUAAAGUGUCCCAGCCAAUCUCAGAAGGGGAUGAGCUCAAAGUCUGGGUUGGUAGAGAUUACGCCUCUCUGAUGGGUCUUGAACACACUGGUGAAAAUAUGAAGUGUCAAGUUGGAGACAAGGAGUCAUUUUUGCGCCCUCUACAGGACAUCCAGUUCUCUGCACUUCCAGAACCCAGCAGCUCCUCGCUUUGGUCUGAUCACAGCCAGUCUCAAAGUCCUAUGCCAAUAAUCAGUGAAGUGACGAGCAUCAAUACUGGUGGAAGUAUUGAACAUAGUUCCCCUGCAGCACCAUCGUCCUCCCUGGGGUACUUCCCACAUCCUUACGAAAACAAGUACCACUUUUUGCCGGGUACAGAAAGACUAGUGAGUAACCCUGAUCACCCCCACCCCCCGACAUCUGGUGACGGUAGCUUGUGGUACUUCUUUGGGUUUGAGCCUGAUCACACCGGACGCCCACUGGACAGGUCGACAGCAAUAUGUAAACUCUGUGGAGAUCUCGUUGGCUGUGGCAACGGGGGAGUUUAUGAAAUAAAGAGUCACAUGAUGGUCAAACAUCACAUCAAACCACGAGAGAGCACCAGUACUAGCAGUCUGCGGCCAAGUACAGUUCAGCGUGCUGCUGUCCUACCACCUACACCAGCAUCCUCGCUCAAUUUGACGGACAACAUUCUGUAUUUCCUGAUUAUGGAUCUCCAGCCUCCUUCUUUAGUACGAGGAAAAGGUUUUCAACAUUUAAUCAACACUCUUCUCCCCCACAAACUUGAUCUGCCCUCAAAAACCAAGCUGGACUACUUGCUCAAAGACUUGCAUGCCAAAGGAAAAACAAAUAUAGCACAGAUGCUCCGAAUCAAGGCAGACACUAUGGAUCACACGGCUCCAUUAGAGACUGAACGAAACAGGCGCAAAAAAGACGUCCCGCAUUUAGUCAACUUCAGCGUAGAUGUUUGGUUUCAUACGUGGCAGGGCAACACAGAGAUGUACCUUUCUCUCUGGGUCCACUACAUAGAUGCAAACUUCAACAAUCACAAUCGCGCCUUGGCAUCUCAGAAACUCUCCAAAUCUGGAUUGAACCUAAAAGCAGUGGAGUCCCAAAUUAGAACCAUGGCAGAAGAUUGGGGCAUAUCACAAGCUAAUCUGACCGUGUUGGGAGGAGAAGGGUGGAACGAUAUUCGAGCAGUCCCAAUGAUGAGCAAUAAUUCUGGGGAAGCAAGCGGGAGCAACACACAUCCAAAUUCAACUACAUUUUUGGAACGAGAUGAUUCAACAUCACCAGUGGAACAAGAAAACAGUGUGGAAAACCAAACUAUUGAGGGUCUACCAUCUGUCCCAUGCUUUUUCACAGCAGUGCAAAGCUGUAUUGAUGAAUUAAUUUCAAUGAAUGCUAUUUCCAAAGUCCUGAGCAAAUUUAAAAAUAUUCUGGCUGGACUUUUUGUGGAGCCAAUUCAAACUGGAGCCAACAGUGAAACCUUUGCUGAUCAUCUGUUGCAAGGAAUGACCAAUGAAGAGCAAGUGGAAGUGAAAAUAUGGGUCCAUAGCCGACCAACAUGGAAUAAGGUCUAUCUACUACUAAACACACUACUAAAACAUAAAGCCCUACUGCGGGAUAUUCUAAAUAAGCUUAGAGAAGAUACAAAUUCUGAAUCAUCUGCCAAUUCAACAGCAAAUAGCCAGUAUCUACGCACUGAAUGGAAAGUUGUUGAGGAUUUGUGUCUUGUCCUAAAACCUCUGGAUGUGGCGUGUCAGACUUUGGCCAAAGAGGAGUUCCCACGCUUGUCGCUGAUUAAACCCAUUCUCACGGGCCUGCUCACCCGCCAUCUUGUGACCCGUCCUGGAGACUCACCCAUCCUAAAAGAAGCCAAGACAAUGAUGAGGUACAACCUGAGCCACUGGUAUGACACUCCCACUGUCAACAGGGUCCUCAACGUUGCCUGUGCCCUGGACCCCCAGUUUCAUGGACUUGGGUUCAUGUCUGAAAAGGAGCAGAGUGACACAUUUCAGUGGCUGAAAAAUGAGGCUGUUAGGAUUUCAAAUGACGGCCAAAAUAAAACUCGUUUAAGGAAACCACACCAACAGAACAAGAGAAGCCCCUCCCCCUCAACACCCGAGGAGUCCAGGCGAAGGAGCAAGCGACUCAAGGACUGUCAGCCAAUCAACUUUCGUGACAUUGACGACUCUGAGGGGAGCGAUAUCGAUCCCAACGACAGUGAAUGGGUGGAGCCUCCACCUGAAGAUGGGCUGUCCGGGAUGGAGUUUUUACUUGGAGACUUGUACAGCACCGGAAAUAGGAGCAAGCAGAAGUCUGUGGAGGAGUCUGUAGAGUUGGAAAUUAACGUUUUCCGGUCGGAUAAUGGGGCGUCUCCAGGUGUGGAGCCUCUGCAGUGGUGGAGGAGCAAAACAAUGCAGCUGCCCCUACUGGCCGCGGUGGCACAGGCCUAUCUCGCAGCCCCAGCAGUAGCCGGGAACGUGACACAGGGAUAUUUACAAGAAGGAACGGGAACAUCAAAAGGAAAAAGGUCCAACAUCCCUCCAGAGAAUUUGGAUGCAAUUUUGUUUCUACAUCACAACAACAUACACAAAACUAAACUUAAACUGUAUUAAUCUGUGUUUAUACUUGCCUUUUUAUGGAGAUUUAUGUACUUGGCCUUAACUGUGUAUCUUUUUACUAUUCACUUAUAUCACUUUAUGUUGUAGUUAUUUGAUACUUCUUUUUGAUGGUUGUAGAAGUUGACCAUAAGGUUAAUCCGAUUGAAUGUAUUACAAAUCAGACAUUUAAGCACUGAUUGUUGCCCAAUUUGUAUUAGACACUCAUAAUACAGAAUUGGAUUUGGUAUGUCAUGUCAGUCAUGUUGCAUCAAUAUAAUACUGUUGUCAGCACUGUGUCUUUGCUUUCUUUUUACCCCAUUUUUUUAAGUCAGCAAAUCAAAGAACUAAAAACAAUACUGCAACUUUUUAUGUUGAAAUUGCAUCACCAGGAACAAGGCAUCUCAAUAUAAAAUGUAAGUUCACUUUAAAAAAAAAAAAAUCAAAUUUUGGAAUAAAAUGAUUUAAAAUG